GCGCGGGGUUGUUGUUAUGGGUGUCUGUCAGACGUCUGCUGUCGGCUCUGGUUAUUCCUCUGAGGUCGUUAAAUGUUUUAUUCUUAGUCUUUUGAAAUGAGACCUCGUAGUUAACUGCAGAUAGAUGAUAAAUAACAUUACGGUAAUAAUAACACUUUUAAACGACAAACCGGGACCGCCAUCUUUAAGUAUUAAAGCAUCAGAAUGUCGAAGCGGGAAACUUUUUUAAGAACUGUUUGUAAGAAAAACAGAGAAAACUUCCUGCUGUUUAUUCAACUACAUAAGGACAAAGCCGAGCCUUUCGAUGUGGAAGAAGUGGUGCAGGAGAUGCCCCGAGACCAGAGACAGACUCUGUGGGGCAAACUGGCCUUACUCCUUCAGGAUGUCCUGCAGGAGUUACCUGAGGAGUCCAGGGAGGAGGGCAUGGAGGCAGCUGCUGACCCUAAACAUGUCAUGGCGGUUGUGGAUGGCGUGACUCUCGUGGCGUCCGCAUCCUUAAACGUACUACAGGAAGGCGACAGCUACAGUGCCCUUCUGGAGACUGCACACAGGCUUCAUGCGGUCCUCGAGUCGCUUCCUGUUUCGGAGGCUCCUCUGCAGAUCCACAUCCUGACUCUGUGCGAGACCUGGUGGAAGAAGAGCCUGAAGGAGAAAGAAAAGUUUGGUCGCACUGCAUUCCUCGCCGCCCUGCAGAAGAGCUUCACUCUGAAGAAACCAGGCGUCGAGAUCCAAAGAGUCUGGAGUCUCCAUGACGUGCUUUUAAGUCUGGAUUUCACAUCAGAGGAUAACAAGCAGGCGACCGACCUGUUGCUUCAGUGCUUUCAGUUUCCUAACUUCAUCAAAAACGAUGAUGGGAAGCGUUUCCUGGUGUUUCUUUUCAGCUGGGAUGUCGGCUUCAUCCCGAUGAUUCAUGGCACUGUCAAAAACGGGCUGGAGUUCUACAGCAAGACCAGGACCGCCCACAUUACAGAGAUCUACUUCAGGGCCUGGAAGAAGGCGAGUGGGGACUUCCUGGAGCAGAUUGAGAGCUCCUGCGUUCAGGAUCUGAUGCGGUGUGCGAUCUUGCUCUCUCGAUCGUCUCCUGUGUUUGACAAAGUCCGACAGAUUGUGAACUAUUUCCACAAAAAGAAGAGCUGCCCCCGGGUGGAGAAGAUGCUCUAUCACCUCUACAAGCCCGUUCUCUGGAGAGCUUUAAGUGCCCCGAACUUUGAGGUGCGUGCAAACGCGGCUCUGCUUUUUGCCGAGGCGUUCCCCCUCCAUGACCCGGAGCAGAACUGCUCGAAUAUGGACAAAACCAUCCAGAAGCAGCUGGACACAGCGAUGGAGCUCCUCAACGAUACUCACCCCACUGUGCGCUCCAGUGCCACCCUGGGAGUCUGUAAGGUCCUGGCUAAGUUCUGGGAGCUGUUCCCUCCUACGAUCAUCACUGACUUCCUGAAGAAGAUGAUGGAGCUGGCCACCGACAGCAGCUCUGCGGACGUCCGCUGCUCGGUCUUUAAGUCUCUUCCUAUCGUGUUGGAGAAUCCUCUCAGCCAUCCCAUCCUGGAAAAGCUUCUGCCCACUCUGAAGUACAGCCUUCACGACAGCUCGGAGAAAGUCCGCGCUGCUUUUGUCGAUGUGCUUAUCAAGGGCAAGGAAGUGCGCGCACUCAAGUUUUGGGACGUGUGCCAAACAGACCACCUGCUGACCCGCCUGGCCAUCGACACCCAUCCGGUUUCCAAGCGGAUCGUCGACCUGCUCUUCAAGUCCUUCUUCCCCGUCAGCGAACCGGAGAGGGAGUGGUGCUGUCGCUGCAUCACCCUCAUCCAGAUGAACCCCGCGGCCGCCAGGAAGUUCUACCAUUACGCCGCCCAGCACACAGCUUCCUCUAACAUAUUAAACCUGAUGUUGGCCAUCCGUCGUGUUCUGAACAGUUGCAUCCAGAAGAACAGCGAGCUGUCGGAGAUCAACGACAGCAACAAGGAGAACAGCGCACAGGCUGAUCCUCUGUUGGACACGGUGACGGUGGCUCGUCUGCUGGAGGUGGUCGUCAUCAUGUGGAAAACUGUGGAGAAGGCGCUGAAACGCAACGAAGACGCCCGGAAGUACAUGUUCUCCAAGUUUGGAAAUGUCAUGUCCAAAUAUUUUCAGGCCUUCGAGGAUGAACAAUGCACCGCUCCGCUCGUACAGCUCGCCUCCUUCAUGCCUCCAGCUGCAGUCCCAACAUUCAGCUGUGGUGUUCUCUCCAGACUGCGGAGGAUGGACUCUGGAGCAGCUCCUGCACAGUACAGCCAGCUGUUACACUGCAUGUGCAGCUGGGGUCUGUGUGCCGACGUCCUCGAACUCACCACCGACUGGCUCUCUGACGCCCUGCCCAAACACGGGGACAAGGGGAACGCUAAUCGAAAGGUGCGUAUCCAGGAGACGGUGGAGGCCAAACCCGACCUGGCACUGACCUACCUGGAGUAUCUGUUCAACCACACAUCGACACGGGAGAAAGUUCUGUCUGUGGGGGAGGGGCCACUGAAGCAGCUCCAUACAGUUCUAGGAAACUGGCAGUCGGUGCUGAACAGCCACCUCAGCUCGGCCUCAGAAGACCCGGAAAGGCCCGAAGUGGAGACAUCUCUGAGAGUGUUCAUGUACCACGGCCGCCUCAGCGCACAUCUGCAGCACAACUUCUCGGAGGGUCGAGACUACCUGCUCUCUACGGAGCGAGUGGCAUCGUGGGUAGCUGAGGAGGUCCUGCCCUUCAUGGCUAAACCCAGCAACCAGGAAGACAGCGAGGAUUCAGAGACGACGCAGCGACUGGCUGCAAAGAUCACAGAGAGUUUCCUGACGGUGUGUCGAGAUGUUAUUCUGGUGGGUUUGGCUGAUAAGGCGUUCAAAGAUCAAAUCCUCCACCUGUGCCUGCUCACACUGGUCUCAGGUGCAGGCUAUCUCUGCGUUCCUGCCGUGCUGCACAUUUUGAAGGAGGUGGUGACUGACGCCUUUGUGCCCGAGGAGAACGAGCGGGAUCUGGAAAACCAGGAGGAUCCAACAAGUUUCAAUCUGGGCGUGGUGGCUAAAAUCUUCCAGGUGAUCAUAGAGCUCCUAGCUCGCCGUCUCAGGAAGGAACCCGAGGAAGGGAAACAGCUGUGUCAGGCAGCCGUUCCUGGUCUGGCAGACUUCCUCCAGGUGGCUCAGACUUGGGGCAGGGAGCCUCUCUGUGGGGUCUUUUCUACUCUCUUUGCUGUCAUCAUUGUAGAGAAGACACAUUUGCUUCAAAAGAUGAGCCAUCCUGAGGAGAUGAUCACUCCAGAGUCAGUGGAGGACAUGCCCCCUCUGUCCAGCGUUCUGCUGUCUGUCAUCCUUAAAUCACCCUGUGUUACCAGGGCGUUUUUGACCGAGGUUAGCUCAACUUUGGACUCCGAGGACAUCAGCAGUCUGAAUAAUCUGGCCUCCAUCCUACACGUCUUGGCCGUCAUCAAACACACAGGUCAGUGUAAAGUGAGUUUGAAGAGCGCUGCAGCUUCAGUCCAGCAGCAGCUUCACAAACACGCCUUCACAUGUAAGGACAGCAAAGACAUCCCGAGGGUCCUUUAUGAAUCUUCUGUGAAGACCUUGAAUGAAAUUCUGGAUUUAUAACUAAAAUGAAAAUAUCUUCAUCAUGAAGAUGAGCAGAGCGGUUUCUUAUCUGCUUUCAUGUCGUUGUUACAGACUUCAAGAUGGGGAUUUUAAAAACAGCUGGUUUGUAAUGUCUGUUUCCCUGUUUUUCUCUUUUGGCUCCACUUCCUGUUUCUUUCCUUUUCAUUAUUCAGUUAGUUUGAAAUGGAUAAUGUCAGACUGCAUUACUGACUCCAGACUGAACAAAAGCUUCUUGAAUGAAACUCUCUCUACACCUCUCAAAUAUUUUAUAACAUUUCCACAUAAAAACAUUUAUAUUUUUUCAUGUUUCUGUUUGUAACCCGGCUGCAGUGUGCUUCUUAUAAGAAUAAAACAAACUGUAUCCAUCACACUUUAAACUCUUUUUCUUUCCCUCAACUGUAUUUUAUUAAAUAAAUAACUCGUAAUCA